AUGGGUGUCUCCUUCCUCUCAAUCUCAUCACUUCCUUCUCUCCAUCCAUUACUUGGUUCUCAUUAUCCUAAAACAACUACAACCAGACACCAACCUCGUUUAGUGUCCAUUUAUUGUGCUAAAAUCAAAACUGAUGUCAGUGGUGAUGAAGAACAACAGUUCCAUUGGAAACGAAGAGACAUUCUUAAAUGCAUUGGGGUGACUAUUGGUUUGGAAUCGAUAACAAACUCUGGAUUGCUUGUUGGAACGGCUAAUGCUGCUGAUCUAAUUGAACGCAGACAGCGUUCUGAGUUUCAAUCUGAAAUUAAAGGAACUCUUUAUAAUGCCAUUAAGGGAAAUCCAGAUAUUGUUCCAUCCUUAUUAACACUGGCUAUAAAUGAUGCUUUGACUUAUGAUAAGGCAACGAAAACGGGUGGCUCGAAUGGCUCUAUACGGUUUAGCUCAGAAAUAAGUAGACCUGAAAAUAAGGGUCUUUCUGCAGCCUUGAAUUUCAUAGAGGAAGCAAAAAAAGACAUAGAUUCAUAUUCGAAAGGUGGACCGAUUUCCUAUGCAGAUCUAAUCCAGUAUGCAGCACAAAGUGCAACAAAGGCUACAUUUUUAGCUUCUGCAAUUCGCAAAUGCGGUGGAAAUGUUGAGAAAGGGAAUUUACUGUACACAGCCUAUGGAUCAAAUGGACAGUGGGGUUUGUUCGACCGACAAUUCGGUAGGGCUGAUACUCAAGAGCCUGAUCCAGAAGGGAGAAUUCCAAUUUGGGAGAAAGCAAGUGUUCAGGAAAUGAAAGAUAAGUUUGCUGCCGUAGGCCUUGGUCCUCGCCAGCUUGCUGUUUUGUCUGCAUUCAUAGGUCCUGAUCAGGAUGCAACAGAAGCCUUAUUAGCAUCUGAUCCAGACGUUGCUCCAUGGGUACAAAAAUACCAACGGAGCCGCGAAACUGUCUCGCGAACAGAUUAUGAGGUUGAUCUGAUAACUACUUUCACGAAAUUGAGUACCCUGGGCCAAAACAUUAACUACGAAGCAUACACAUAUCCUCGUAAGAAGAUCGACAUUACGAAACUCAAGUUGUAA